GUUUUUCAUAGACCGUAAUUCUUGCAGGACUCAUGCCGUGAAGUAGGGCAGCCAGAGCUCUGACGGGGGCCCUCAGGAGCACUGCUCUGUUCCCCAGCUCCAUCGGAUCACUGGAGGCUCUUCUCAGCAUCACAACUCGUAAACUUCCCAGAGGCUCCACAAUGGAGUUCUUGUUGUCCAAAGGAGAUUACCCUACAUCUUUCAGAAGGUCUUUACUAGUGGUUUUAGUAUGUGUAAUGGUUCUUGUGUGCACUGACCAGGACUACUAUAGUUUACUCGGAGUAUCCAAAGAAGCAAGUAGCAGAGAAAUAAGACAGGCAUUCAAAAAGCUGGCACUGAAGUUACACCCUGAUAAAAAUCAGAAUGAUCCAAACGCCCAUGAAAAUUUCUUGAAAAUAAAUAGAGCCUAUGAAGUACUUAAAGAUGAAGAUCUACGGAAGAAGUAUGAUAAAUACGGAGAGAAAGGUCUCGAAGAUCAGCAGCAAGGAGGCCGCUAUGAAAGCUGGCACUAUUACCGCUACGACUUCGGUAUUUAUGAUGAUGAUCCUGAAAUUAUAACAUUGGAUCGAGGAGAAUUUGAUGCUGCUGUUAACUCUGGAGAGCUGUGGUUUGUCAACUUCUAUUCUCCUCGGUGUUCCCACUGCCAUGACUUGGCGCCAACGUGGAGGGAGUUUGCUAAAGAGAUGGAUGGAGUAAUACGCAUUGGAGCUGUCAACUGUGGAGAUAACAGAAUGCUGUGUCGAAUUAAAGGGAUCAACAGUUACCCCAGUCUGUAUGUUUUCAAAACUGGAAUGCAACCUGUGAAAUAUUAUGGAGACAGGUCAAAAGAGAGCUUAAAGAACUUUGCCAUGCAGUAUGUUACAAGCACAGUCACUGAGCUGUGGGCAGGAAAUUUUGUAAAUGCCAUUGAGACCUCAUUUGCUUCUGGCCUCGGUUGGUUGAUCACCUUCUGUGCUGAACGUGGGGAUUGCUUGAGUUACCAAACACGUCUUAAGCUUGCUGGCAUGUUGGAAGGUCUUGCUAAUGUAGGCUGGAUGGACUGUGGCACUCAGGGUGAGCUUUGUGAUAAUUUAGAUAUCUCAUCUAGUACUACAGCAUACUUUCCACCUGGAGCCACCAUAAAUAACAAAGAGAAAGGAGGUGUUUUGUUUCUUAACUCCUUGGAUGCCAGAGAAAUAUAUCAGGAAGUCAUGAAGCAUCUGCCUGACUUUGAAAUCAUCUCUGCAACAUCAUUAGAGGACCAUCUAGCUCACCACAGAUGGCUGCUUUUCUUCCAGUUUGGGGAAAAUGACAAAUCAGGUGUACAGGAAUUUAAGAAACUUAAAUUUUUACUUAAAGACGAACAUAUUCAGGUUGGCAAGUUUGACUGUCUUUCCUCUCCAACCAUCUGCAACAAACUGUAUGUGUAUCAGCCAUGUCUAGCAGUGUUCAAAGGAAAAGGAAUUGAAGAUUAUGAAAUUCAUCAUGGAAAGAAGAUCUUGUAUGACAUUGUUGCAUUUGCCAAAGAAAGCGUCAACUCUCAUGUUAUCACACUGGGACCCCAGAAUUUUCCUGGUAAAGAAAAGGAACCGUGGCUUGUGGAUUUCUUUGCACCGUGGUGUCCUCCCUGUCGAGCUCUGUUACCAGAGCUGAGAAAAGCAUCAAAACAUCUUUACGGUCAGCUUAAAUUUGGAACACUAGACUGUACAGUCCAUGAAGGGCUUUGUAACAUGCAUAAUAUUCGAGCUUAUCCAACAACAGUUGUGUUCAAUCAGUCUGACGUUCAUGAAUAUGAAGGCCAUCACUCUGCUGAGCAGAUCUUGGAGUUCAUAGAGGAUCUUAGGAAUCCAUCCGUGAUCUCCCUAACACCAGAGACAUUUGUUGAAUUAGUUGAGAGAAGAAAACGAGAGGAAAUCUGGAUGGUUGAUUUCUAUGCUCCAUGGUGUGGACCUUGUCAGGCUUUAAUGCCAGAAUGGAAAAAAAUGGCCAGGAUGUUAAAUGGUUUAAUCAGUGUCGGCAGUGUGGACUGUCAAAAAUUUUACUCUUUUUGUCACCAAGAAAAUGUUCGAGGAUAUCCUGAAAUAAGACUCUUUCCUCAAAAAUCAAGCACAACUCAUCAGUAUUAUAGCUAUAAAGGAUGGCACAGAGAUUCAUAUUCACUGAGAGGCUGGGCAUUAGGAUAUUUGCCACAGGUGUCCGUAGACCUGACUCCUCAGAGUUUUACAGAAAAAGUUCUGAAUGGGAAAGAUCACUGGGUCAUUGAUUUUUAUGCUCCCUGGUGUGGACCUUGCCAAAAUUUUGCUCCUGAAUUUGAGAUCCUCGCAAGGGCCAUUAAAGGAAAAGUAAAAGCUGGAAAAGUAGACUGUCAGGCAUACGGUCAGACCUGCCAAAGUGCUGAUAUCAGAGCCUACCCUACUGUUAAGUUUUACCCCUACCAAGGAACAAAGAAAAGUAUUCUUGGGGAAUAUAUAGACAGCAGAGACGCAAAAGGUAUUGCUGACAUCUUGAAUGAAAAAUUAGAAGCAAUUCAAAAUAAAGGAAAAAGAAAAAAAUCUAGAAACAAGGAUGAGCUCUAACUGGUACUGGAGGUAGAUAGAACUCAAGAUACUCCAAAGCUGUGAAUAUAGAAGAUGCACCAUAAGGAAAUAUAAAGCCAGUUACAUUCAUGACAGGAUAAAUGAAAUGAAAACUAGUUUGAGUUCAUGGGCACACGUGACUGUCUAUAUGAAUUCUGUUGAACUGGGGGAAGAUGAAAGCAUUUCAGUUUGGGGGGAGGCAUUCACUGUUUCUGCAGCUGAACCGUGCAUGUUCCUCUUCUGGUGAACCAACUACCUUCUUCUGCUCAGCCAGUGGAGAUGGCUAGAAGUGUGGACUGUAUUGCUUUUGCCUACCCACUCAUUAUUUUUCUGUCUCUUUCCAAACACUCAUGGAUGUAGCACUCAGCCUAUGGCUGAAAAUGCUCUCAAACCACUCUGCAAUGCAGAAACACAAUGAGGGAUUGUCUAGUUGAAAGACAGGAUUACUCUGCUUUAAGUAUGUGUUAUUGUCUGGUAAACUGCUAAGAAAAAGUAAAAUCAGGAAGGGGUAGCAGGACAGGUUCACUGAUACACAGCAUGCCUGCCCUUGGGCACAUUAUGAUGCUGUGGCACUGGUCGUGCCAGGAUGAACAUAACUUUGAAGAGCUCUUGUUUGGCUUUGAGGUUUGGGGGUUGUGUUGUUUUGUUUAAUAAUUAAAAAAAAAAAUCAAGGACUCAACUGUGUUUCCAAACAUCAACUUUCAGAAUUUGAAUUAUGCUAGAGAAACAUCUGUUUAAGUUAUUAGGUUAUAACAUUACUGUUGUCUUUUUAAAUAUGAAUGUAUUCUGUGGACAUAUUUAACUUUUUUGGUAUUGCCACUUUUCCUUUCUCUGCAAAGAUGUUUUGGGUUUGUUUUUUGUUUCAGAUCUUUUGGCAAGCAGGAAAGCAAGUGCCUUUUUUAAUUUAAUAACAAACACUGCACAGUAGAAUGUCUCCUCAUACAUCUUAGUGUAAAUUCUGUUCUUUAGAAGAGUACUAUUUUUCAUAGCUUCUGAACUGUCAAAAAUUACUGAAGACAAUUGAAGUUACACACGGAAAUACUUUGUUUUCUCAAUAAAGUGCUGCUCAGAAUGCCAAA